ACACUCACACUCUUUCUCACUCCCUCUCUCUCUCUUAACUGUUUUUUUUUCUCUCUCUCCGUCUCUCUCCCCUUUUCUUCUAUGAUUUCACACAUCUUCCAACUAUUCUAUCUCGCUCUAUAUUAAGAGGCAAAGUCUCGGAAGCCUUUCCUCCAUUACCAUCUUUCAAUCUAGCGUGAGGAGGGAAGAUAUGGAGAAGAAAGUGUCGUUGAUGAAUUGUCUUUUAGUAUUGUUGGUUCUGGGUUUAUACCAAAUAUCCAUGGCGUCAAUGGAGAAGAUGAAGAAGAAUGUACAGAAAAAGACAUACAUAGUACAUAUGGCGAAAUCCGAAAUGCCUGCGAGUUUUAAUGACCACACUCACUGGUACGACUCGUCUCUCAAAUCGGUGUCCGACUCAGCCGAGAUGCUCUACACCUACAGCAACGUAGUCCACGGAUUUUCCACGAGAUUGACGGCUGACGAAGCUCAAUCACUGGAAAAUCAACCCGGAAUUCUCUCCGUGUUGCCGGAGAUGAAGUACGAGCUUCACACAACUCGAUCCCCUCAAUUUCUGGGUCUCGACAAGACCACGAAUUUGUUCCCACAAUCAAACUCAGUGAGUGAUGUAAUCGUAGGAGUGUUAGACACUGGCGUUUGGCCCGAAAGCAAGAGCUACGACGAUACAGGGCUCGGACCCAUUCCCAGCUCAUGGAACGGUGCGUGUGAGUCCGGCACCAACUUCACUACAUCAAACUGUAACCGAAAACUCAUCGGCGCGAGGUACUUCUCGAGAGGCUACGAAGCCACGUUAGGUUCAAUCGAUAUCUCUAGAGAAUCCAAAUCACCGAGAGAUGACGACGGCCACGGGAGCCACACAUCGAGCACGGCGGCGGGGUCGGUGGUUGCCAACGCCAGCCUAUUUGGCUAUGCCGCCGGAACAGCCCGAGGGAUGGCGGCUGGAGCCAGACUAGCCGUCUACAAAGUCUGCUGGAUCGGCGGCUGCUUCAGCUCCGACAUAUUGGCUGGGAUGGACAAGGCCAUUGACGACAACGUCAACGUUCUUUCGUUGUCGCUCGGCGGCGGAAUGUCGGACUAUUACAGGGACAGCGUCGCAAUCGGAGCUUUUGCGGCAAUGGAGAAGGGAAUUCUGGUCUCCUGCUCAGCCGGAAAUGCGGGGCCCAGUCCGUACAGCCUGUCCAACGUGGCACCGUGGAUCACCACCGUCGGCGCUGGAACGUUGGAUCGUGACUUCCCGGCGUACGUUAGUCUCGGCAAUGGAAUGAACUAUUCCGGAGUGUCGCUUUACAAGGGUGAGUCUUUGCCCAGUAAAAUGCUUCCGUUUGUUUACGCUGGUAAUGCGAGUAAUUCUACGAGUGGUAAUCUUUGCAUGACUGGCACAUUGAUUCCCGAGAAAGUUAGAGGGAAAAUCGUGAUGUGUGAUCGUGGGGUGAGCCCUAGGGUACAGAAAGGGGCUGUGGUGAAAGCUGCUGGUGGUGCUGGGAUGGUGUUGGCCAAUACGGCGGCGAAUGGAGACGAGCUGGUGGCUGACGCCCAUUUACUGCCGGCGACGACGGUGGGUCAGAAAUCCGGUGACUCAAUCAAGAAUUACUUAUUUUCAGAUCCCAAUCCGAUGGCUACUAUUCUUUUUGAAGGAACCAAGGUGGGGAUUGAACCAUCGCCCGUGGUGGCGGCGUUUAGUUCAAGAGGGCCAAACUUAAUCACGCCGGAAAUCUUGAAACCGGACUUCAUUGCGCCAGGCGUCAACAUCAUAGCGGGUUGGUCGGGAUCUGUGGCACCUACUGGGUUGGUCGACGACACUAGGCGUGUAGGCUUCAACAUCAUCUCCGGCACCUCCAUGUCGUGCCCCCAUGUGAGCGGCCUCGCGGCGUUACUCAAGGCGGCGCAUCCAGAGUGGAGCCCCGGCGCCAUACGAUCGGCUCUCAUGACCACCGCCUACACGGCGUACAAAAACGGUAAUUUGCUCGAAGACAUCGCAGUCGGAAAACCAUCUACGGCGUUCGAUCACGGCGCUGGACACGUGGACCCUGUAUCAGCCCUCAAUCCAGGACUCGUCUAUGAUUUGGACGUCAACGAUUACUUGGGCUUCCUCUGCGCCUUAAACUACACUGCGUCACAGAUUAGCACUCUCGCGAGGACGAACUUCACAUGUGACCCAACAAAGAAAUACAGUCUCACCGAUCUCAACUACCCUUCUUUCUCCGUGGCUCUCCUAAGCCCACAAAUGGGUAAUGGUGGCAGUGGCGGCGGUGGUUCCACGGUGGUCAAGUUUUCGCGAACGCUCACCAAUGUCGGCUCUCCGGCCACAUACAAUGUGUCAAUUAAUCUACAAAGUAAGUCGGUUAAGGCUUCGAUUGUGCCCGAGUCCUUGAGCUUCACUCAAUCGAAUGAGAAGAAAUCUUAUACAGUGACUUUCACCGCCGGCCCAAUGCCGUCGAAUUCGUUUGAAUUUGGAUAUAUGAAGUGGUCGGACGGGAAUCUUAUUGUCGGAAGUCCGAUUGCGAUUAGCUGGACGUAGCUGAGAGCUUAUUGUUAAUUGUAGAUGUUAAUGGUUAAGGUUCGUUUGUUUUCCAGAAAAGAAUGGACAAGGCAGUCCAAGUGUUUGAUAAUUGUUCUCUGAGAGAGAAGACAUGAAAAACCUAGCAUAAGGAGAUGUUUUUUUUCCUCAGUGUACAGCGUUCUUCCACAACUUGUUUGAAUGUCUAAUGGAUUUACAUUCUCAAAAUUUAAAAAGAAAACAAAAAAUUAACUCAAA